AUGCCCGGGGUGUCGGCGGCCAGGACCAUUGCGUGGGUGUGCGCCGAGGAGGCGCUUCCGCGGCAGCUCGCGCUCGAGACGAGUGCGCGCUUGUCCAGUGGCAUAGUCGGCGUGAGCCAGGACGAAAUCCAGGAGGCGUACGCGCGCGAAGAAGGCGUGGCUUGGGCUAUCGAAAACGCGUACUACGAUGCCGACGUGUGGAUGCGCUUUGGUUCCUAUGUAAGUGGUGCUCCUGCUGCGAUCUUGCUGGUGGACCGUGAAAUGCCUGCGACGCGCCAUGCCGAGGUGCUGCAGCGUCUCGAGCGUGUGCACAACCUGACCGGCUUUGACCUGGACGUGUCGCUGGUCGUCGGUGUGCCGUCGCGUGAAAAGGCGUCGAGCAUGUCGCUCGAGGUCGACGAGGUGUAUGCAAUGGGCGGCUGGGAGUACAUUGAUCUGGGCGAUACGGACGAGGACCCCGCGACGCGUCUCAAGGACGCCUUGAUGGUGCACAUGUGGGAGGGCAUGCGCCCAAAACAAGCGCAGCCGACGCCGAGCAACGAGAAUGUCAAGGAGCGCAUCGCGCACAUGGACCAGUCAGCCGCGGCGCUGCCGCGCUCGGGCGGCGCUAUCCCGCCCGCGCCGCGUGCGAUGCAAGCGUCUGCCGAGCGCUUUCUGUCGGAUGCGCCCCCCCAGGAUACCCCCGACGACGACUUUAGCGAGUUUGUCGAGGCGCCCGCACCCGACGUGCCUACGGAUGCCGAAGUCGACGCGUAUUGUGCACGGCUCGGCCUUGGGACGCUCGGCAUGGACAGCAUGCCCGUGCUCUUUGAGCGGCUGCGUGGCGAGAUGGAGCGUGUUCGCAGCCUCCCCCCCGGCCCCCCCAAAGAGCACGCCGCGGCGCUGGUCGCUCUUGCUGUAGAACGUUCGCUCGAAUCAGAAUGA